AUGUCAUCGCCGCAUGGAAAUUUGAAUGAAGAAUUGACCACGGAUGCUCUUCCCAGCCCAAGUCGUUCAAUGAACGAGAAAAAUAUUCGUAAUGAACGUGAUCAAUAUCAAGACUCUAGUGACAAAAGUUCUCAGGUUGAGGAGGAGAUUAACACUAAUAGUAAUAAUGAAUAUGGGAGAAAAUUGAAGAAGAAUAAUAUCAGGAAGAUAAGCCCUGCAACUACAGCCUCUGCAGUGAUAAUAAAUGUAAACAAUUCUAAAUCUGUUCAUGUUGGUGAUACCCAUGUCCACAAUUAUAAUGGAUUAGAAAAACAAAAAAAGACUGAAAUAAUUGAGACUGCUGCUAUAAGAUCCUUGAAAAUGAAUGCAAAACUAUUGACUAGAGAUGACUUGUUGUUUGUGGCGUCUCACAUAGAUUCUUCAUGGAAAGAUGUUGCCAGAGACUUACAUUUUUCAGAAGGGCAAAUUUCACAAUUCAUUAGUGAUCAUCAUCAGUCAGGAACUAAGGAGGUGAUCUUCCAGGUAUUAUUGGACUGGUAUCAGAAUACACCUGAUGAAGCAACAGUUAGUAACUUGAGUACUAUUUUGUGGAAAAACAAUCAAAAAGAUGUUGUUAAGAGGUGGUCCUUGAAAAAACAAUGA